AUGUGGCGGGGGUUGUGGACCCUGCCGAUGCGGGCGGCACGUGGGCUUUGCAGGUCGUGCUCAAACCGAGGCAGCGGCGCCGCGGCCCCUGGAUCUGGAGCCACCAUCUUCGCGCUGAGCUCGGGCCAAGGGCGCUGCGGCGUCGCGGUGAUCCGAACCAGCGGCCCUGCCAGCGGCCCCGCCCUCCGGAGCCUCACGGCAGCGCAGGACCUGCCUCCGGCCCGUAGUGCCCGCCUGCGUCUGCUCAGCGACCCGCGCUCUGGAGAACCCCUGGACCGCGCCCUGGUGCUGUGGUUUCCAGGCCCCCAGAGUUUCACGGGGGAGGAUUGCGCUGAGUUCCACGUGCACGGAGGCCCUGCGGUGGUGAGCGGGGUACUGCAGGCCCUUGGCGGUGUGCCAGGGCUGCGGCCUGCAGAGGCAGGCGAGUUUACCAGGCGGGCAUUUGCCCACGGGAAGCUGAGCCUGACCGAGGUGGAGGGGCUGGCAGACCUGAUCCACGCAGAGACUGAGGCACAGAGGCGACAGGCCCUGCGGCAGCUGGACGGGGAGCUGGGGCGCCUGUGCCACGACUGGGCUGAGACCCUCACUACAGCUUUGGCUCACGUGGAGGCCUACAUCGACUUCGGUGAGGAUGACAACCUGGAGGAAGACGUCCUGGAACGAGGUGGGACCCGCCCGAGCAUGGGAACUGGCACCCCUUGGCAUUUGCGCGCUGUCUUCUUCCUCAUACCUUCUCUCUGUCUCCCCCUAGCGAACAGCGCGGUGCAGGGACUGCAGGCUGCGCUGGGCGCACAUCUGCGAGAUGCGCGCCGUGGGCAGCGGCUCCGCUCCGGGGCGCACGUGGUGAUUGCGGGGCCUCCCAACGCUGGCAAGAGCAGCCUGGUGAACCUGCUCAGCCAGAAGCCUGUGUCCAUCGUGUCACCAGAGCCGGGGACCACACGUGACGUUCUGGAGAUCCCAGUGGACCUGGCUGGAUUCCCAGUACUACUGAGUGACACAGCGGGACUGCGCCAGGGCGUUGGGCUGGUGGAACAGGAGGGCGUGCGGCGAGCGCGAGCGAGGCUCGAGCAGGCUGACCUCAUUCUGGCCGUACUGGAUGCCUCUGACCUGGCCUCCCACUCCAGCUGCGACUUUUUGGACACUGUCGUGGCUCGCAUGGGGGCCCAGAGCUCCAACGGGAGCAGCCAGCGCCUCCUGCUGGUGCUGAACAAGAUGGACCUACUGUCCCAUGAGGGCCCCGGACCCAAGCCUGACCUGCCCCCUCAUCUGCUGCUGUCUUGCCUGACCGGGGAGGGCCUAGAAGGCCUCCUGGAAGCACUGAGGAAGGAGCUGGCUGUAGUGUGUGGGGACCCAUCCACAGGCCCACCCCUCCUGACACGUGCAAGACACCAGCAUCACCUCCAGGGCUGCCUGGAUGCCCUAGGGCAGUACAAGGAGGCCAGAGACCUGGCCCUGGCAGCUGAGGCACUGCGGGUUGCCCGGCGGCACCUGACCCACCUCACAGGGGGAGGGGGUACUGAAGAAAUCCUGGACGUCAUCUUCCGAGACUUCUGUGUGGGCAAGUGA